CUGAUGACCACCUGACCUUGUUGCUCGUCGUUAUCAUCACAAGCGCGGCCAUCGACAUCACUACUUCCACUUCCAAACGGUCGCUUCAUCGCUUCCGCGUCUCGACCGACAGCAACACAACACACCGCGUGUUACUUUACUUCCAAGUGCCAGCAUCACACAUGAGCCACCUCGUCUCCGCCGAGAUGGACGCGGGUCCAUCACGACACGCCCACGCGCACACGCACACGCACGUCUCGCGGCUCACGGCGACCGAGAGCGCCGCCAUGGCCGCGGCGGCCGCGGCGCGCACCCACGCGGGCGUGAAGCGGCGCCGCAAGAUGCGCUACUCGCGCUCACGGACGGGGUGCCUUACCUGCCGGCAGCGCAAAGUCAAGUGCGACGAGGCGAAGCCCGUGUGCGAGAAGUGCCUCGACCUCGAGAAGACUUGCGUGUGGCCGGAUACGCCCUUCAUGCCGUUCAAGCCGGCCAAGACUAGCGCACAGGGGACGAUACCCCGCCAGCGCCAAGGGGCGGAGCGAAGCUCGUCGAGAUCCGAAUCGCCGGCCGACUCGGUGUCGCCCCCGCAGCAUGCGGACCAGUCGUGGUUCGAGCCGCUCAUCAGCGCGCCAGACGAGCAGGAAGAGGAAGGUGGACAAGCAGAGGCAGCGGACGGCGGAGAAGGCGAGACGCUCAUCUUGUCGUCCAUGUCCUCGUCGUCGCCUGACCUCUUUGGCCAGUUCGUCCAGACGCCAGUCAGCGAGGCGGACAACUUGAUAUCGACGAUUGUCGACGCGUUGCGGACAGGCAGCGGCGGCGGGGGGACGAUGGCGCACGCGAACGCUGGGGCGCUUACGACGACGGCGCACUCAGCGCACGCGGCAACACACACCGUCCACCCGCUCUUCCGGGCCGACACGGCGGCGUCGUUCCUCACCUCCCCGAGACGGAGCACGCCACAGGUCAUCCUCGGCCCGCUGCUCUCCAUCCCCGACGUGUCGUCGCUGCCAUCCACGUCAACGUCGGUCUCGAUGGACACGGCGACGCUCGCGCUGCGCCGCGGCGUGAUCCAGAUGUCUGCGCCGUCACCCAGCUCCAACCUAGACAGCAUGGUGCUCGGGUCGAUCCCGGCGCCGCUCGCGCCGCCCUCGGACCCAAUCUCAAACGCGUUCCCCUCGGCCGCCAACCGGCGCCUGUUCCACCAGUUCUUCAACAUGACCUCGUCGAUCGUCGUAGCGAUGGGCAACCGGGCCAACUCGUCCAACCAGUCCAAGAACCCGUUCCUCGCCGUCUCGCUCCCGCUUAUCCUGCUCGACGUCGACUCGCCCGCCCGCGCGGCGUUCCGCCUCGGCGUGCUCAGCCUCGGCGCGGCACACCUCCACCACAGUUACAUGGGCAGCUCGGCCGAGCACUCGCAGCAGAUGCUGGUGGAGACGACGAGCGCGAAGCGGCAGGCUGGGGCGCACAUGAUUCUGAGCUUGAGCAAGGAGGGCGACAAGAACAUUGACCUGCUGCUCGCGACGUGCAUGGCGGUCAAGACACGAGAUGUCCUCAUGGCAGACAAGUCGUGGAAGCAGAACCUCGACUUUGCCAUUCGCAUGAUGUACAAGCGCGGCGGGCCGGCGGCGCUGCUGGCCGAAGACCCUGUCAACUUUGGCCGCCGGUUCGUCAUCGAGCAGCUGACCACCACCGACGUCUUCAGCACCUUCACGACGGGCGAGGAGCCGCUCCUUCUCGGCGAGAACGCGCCGUGGUGGUUCGAGUUUGACAAGACGGCCGUCAGCGACUGGCAGUGGGAGGCGUACGAGCGGCAGUUUGGCAUGAGCCGCGAGAUGCUCGAGCUGGUGGCGAGGUGCCGCGUUAUCGUCUAUCGCAAGGUCCGCCUGGGUACCGCGUUCCCCGGCGACACGGGUACGGAGAACAUUGGCGACACGAUCGACCAGGACGCGUACGCCAUGAUCGAGCAGCUCAAACUGUGGUCCAUCACGCAGCUCAAUGUUCCGCAGAAGUCGAGAGUGUUGAUUGGCGACUCGGCAUACCGCUACGCCAUGAUGAUUAUGCUGUACACGGAAGUGCUCAACCUCCCCGCGUCCGACGAGCGCAUCCAGACCGCCGUGCACUGCGUGCUCGAGCUGUGCUCCGAGAUCUCAAUGGAGCCCGUCAUGCUCGUGUGGCCGCUGCUCAUCGCCGGCGCGUGCGCGACCGCCAGCGACAGGCAGUGGAUCCGUGACCUGUUCAAUAUCUUCAAGGACGAGUAUUGCUCGGAUCUGCAGGCGGGGCAAAAGCUCCUCACGGAACAGUGGCUCAGGAUCGACGACGGGCGGGGGUUCACGCUGUGGCCGCAGCUGAUGAAGGAGAUCGACCUGCAGGUGUUGCUGAUCUAAUGUUGUAUACUGUAUGUAUGGGUAGUAGGGUGCAUGGGUCGUCUAGGCAUGCCCGUAGGACUGCGUUCCAUCCACUGACUAUACGCGAG